AUGGAUAAUAUUAUGACGAAUCGCAAACGCAGUCGAAAAACUUUGGAACUUUGCUUUAGUUUUUCCGAAGAACCUAACAUGGUGAGUGAAAGUAAUCGAUCUUCCAAAUCCUCAUCUCUGUUCCGGAAAGUGUUCAAACGUGUUCUUGGAGUGCGUAGUGAAAAUAUUUGUGUUAGCCCCAAUACUGGACAUUCUUACCAAGAACUUACUAAUGUGUCACCAUCACCACGCGUCCAACGUGAUACAUCGUGCAGCACGGAUCAAAAUGUGGGUAAAUCUAACUUACAUACAUCUAACUUGCCAAGUACCAGCAAACAAGGGUCUUCGCAGUUUGUACCGCCUAGCACACCAGAUACGGACUGCAUGGAUUUACAAACUAAAAAGAUAAAAAUAACAGAGGAGAUAAUAAUUCUAGCACCCAAAUAUGCGCCUGUUUUUACAGAUACUGCAAUGGGCAAUAAUGAUACUUUGCCAUUAGUGCCAUUGUCUGGGGGUAACUCUACUUAUGGUUCUCUCAGCAAUAUUUCGGUGUCAAAUAUGCUUACCCUUGAUGAGUCUUUCGAUGAGCAAAAGAUAUCUGAUCUACUUAAUACACCAAAAAGAAAUAAUCGUACUAGUAAAGAAAAACUAAGUUCACAAUUAAAUUUUGAGAAGACACCAGAAGAACCACAAUCAGAUUUAUCUGCGCCGGGUCCCAGUAACGAGACAAUUACUAGUACCAGUAUUAAUAGCACCCAAGAAAAUGAUAGAGUCAUUGAUACAGAUGAUGACAGCAGUUAUGCUCCUAGCACUUCUUCGGAAAGUGAAUCUGAUAUUACUGUUAUAACAACCGAAGAUGAAUGUGAUGGAGAUAGUAACAAUCAGUUGAACAACGGAACACCUCAAAAUAUUACAAGACAACAAGAAAAUGUUGCAGAAGACGCUGAUGGAGAUGAAUGGGUCGACAUAGAAGAUACGACUCCGGAAUUUGAAGAAUACCCGCACGAAUGUCAAUACAAUGUACCUGAAAAUGUUAAGAUACCAGAUGAAUUAUUUAGACUGUUUCUAACAGAUGAGAUAGUUGACAAGAUGGUUCUUGAGACUAAUUUGUACGCGGAAAAAUUUCUUACUAAUCCAGACUCGAAGAGAAAAUCUCGGUUCCGCUCUUGGAAGCCAAUUAACCGAGAAGAGAUGCUGAAGUUUUUAGGUGUUGCCCUAGUUAUGGGUUUGAAUAAAGUUCCACACGUUAAUGACUACUGGUCAAAAAAUAUUAUGUAUCGAAACGAAUAUAUCAUAAAAGUUAUUAGUAGAGAUCGAUUCACCGCAAUUUUAAGAUUUUGGCAUUUUAGUGAUGACACUAUUGACAGGACAACCGAUAAACUAAAUAAAAUACAUGAUGUGUACGAAAUGUUUCUUGCUAAUUUCAAGAAAGUUAUUGUCCCAGGAAAAGGACAGGAUGGACGGGAAAAGACUCAUGGAAUGAAGACCGUUUUGAAGUUAAUACAAAAUUUAGACAAAAACGGUAGGAUUGUUAUAACAGACAACUUUUACAACAGCGUAGAACUUGCUCUCAGAGCAAACAGAAGGGGUUUACCAAAGUCUGUUGUUGCAAAAAAGAUAAAAGGGCGAAGUAAUUGGAAAGAUGAGAAGAACCGGUGCAAAAGUUAUAAAGUGGGUGGACAAAAGAGCGGUCUUAAUGAUUACUUCACGCAAAAAUCAUGA